UGAGCCCACCGGGCCGUGAAGAUCCGGGCUUUUUCCAUGUCGAUUCGCGUCGUUGGGGAUGACGGAUCAGGACGACGUCGAGAGCCCACACGGCGGCGAGGACCUGCGGUACUCCGAAGCCCAUCUCUCAACUCGAAAGAUCAGCCUGGCCUCUCGCCGGCGUGGAUACGUCCUUCGGUGUCGUGGGGUGUUGUGGGGAGGGUCGUGAAUGUCGAGCUUGAGGAUGUGCCGUGCAGUGGGCCUUCCUCCUCCUCCUCCUCCUCCUCCUCUGCACCUCAACGGCAACUCCUCUUCGAGCGCGAGCGACAGCGUCGACAUGGCUGGCAAUAUCAGCAAUCUCCACCCACCAUACAAUGUAUCAUGGAAAAAGCUUUGACUCAAAUCACAAAGGUGGAAAGGGAGGAUCUCCAUCUGGUUGGUGCAGGCAGAACAGAUGCAGGAGUUCAUGCCUGGGGUCAGGUAGCACACUUUGUUACACCUUUUAAUUAUGACAGCUUGGAUACCCUCCAUGCUGCUCUUAAUGGUCUUCUUCCAUCUGAUAUCCGUGUAAGAGAGAUUAGCCCUGCAGUCCCUGAAUUUCAUGCCAGAUUUUCCGUGAGAAGCAAGAUUUAUCACUACAAAAUAUACGAUGAUACUGUCAUGGACCCGUUUCAGCGGUAUUAUGCUUAUCACAGUGCUUACAGGCUAAACCCAGAAGCGAUGAAAGAAGCUGCUAAAUAUUUUAUUGGAAGACAUGAUUUUUCUGCUUUUGCAAAUGCAUCACACAAUGACCGAGCACCAAAUCCUGUAAAAAAUAUAUUCAGUUUUGAUGUCAUUGAAAAGGGAGCUCUUUUACAGAUAGAGGUUGAAGGUACUGGAUUUAUGUAUAGACAAGUGCGAAACAUGGUCGCUCUGCUUAUACAAAUUGGAAGGGAAGCAAUACCUCCUGGUAUCGUUCCCAUGAUUUUAGCAUCUCGGGACCGGAAGGAGUUAGCCAAAUAUUCGUUGUCUGCCCCACCUCAUGGGCUCUGUCUUGUAGCUGUCAACUACAUCGAACAGCAUAUGCAGCUUCCAUCAGGUUGCCCUCCUAAGAGUUUGGGAAGGAGUCGUACCGUGAGCAGGUGCAAGCUUCCGUGCUACUAGAGGAGCCAGAUUUUUUGUUCGAUUGCUGGUUUAAUCGGUGACAAGCAGACGGUGAUUCGUGCGUCAAAAUGAAAAUUUGAGGUCUUGUCAGUUUGAUGCCAGAUGUUGACGAUUGAAAGAUGAUCUCCUGUAGGUCUUUGGAUAUGGCCUUGGGGAUGCUUGAUUACGUACAGGUUUGACAGUUAUCAUUCCGACCGCCAAGUUCCGAAGUUGUGACCGUUUGCUAGGAUUAACUUUGCUUCACAUUCAAGUUCCUCAAUCAUUGCUACUGGGGAUUCUGAAAGCAAACAAUGUCGAGCGAUGACUUCUGAUUUAUUCUAGAAUUCUGUUCAUGUAAUUGAGAGAAAGAGGGAGAGAGAGAGAGUUUGAUAUUGUAUCUGUACAAGAAUGCCAUCCUAUUAUGUAUCAGAACAGAGAUAUUCAGUUCAUCAAUAUCAUUGUGCAUGGUGGAGGAGGAA